ACUUGGCUGGUUUUCAAGUACUCACAGAGCAGUGCUUCCAGCAGCCUCGGGUCCCAACUAUCCGAUUUCGGUUUUAUGCUAAGGCAGGGGUCGGAACGGGUUACCCAACUGCGGAUCCUGGGGCGGGACCACCCUCACAAAGUCUGAGGGUGACCUAGGUGACCCCGAGUGCCCCCGCCUCGCUAGCUCGCUGCAACACCUGCCCGCGCAGUGCGCGGAACCUCGCGCGCAGGCGAUGGCCAGCCCUGCUCCCUUAGUGGCCUCCAUCAGCCACCAAAUGGUGGCUCUGCAGACUCUGCAGCUCGUGCAGCAGGAGUGGGGUUGGGGGGAUGGUCCGGGGACCCCAGGGAGCCUCUGCGAUCCGGACCCCUUGUCUGCCGUCCCUGCGCGUUGCCCAGGCCCUCGGCGCCUCCGGCCAGGACCCGGGCGCGAGGAGGGAGGCGGGUUACGGGGCAGCAAGAAUGCGGGAUCUGGAGCGCCGGCGAGCUCCCCCGAGGUGGAGGUGCGAGGCGCCGAGGGGGGCGCGGAGCUGCUGCCCUUUCACCGCAGCCGGGGACCCUGUACCCUCGCCCGGAUGGCGAUGCGCAGCGCUCUGGCCCGCGUGGUGGACUCGACCUCAGAGCUGGUCAGCGUGGAGCAGACACUGCUGAGUCCCCUGCAGCAGGAGCGGCCCUUCCCCAUCCACCUGAAGGACAGUGUUGAAUUUAGAAAUAUCUGCAGUCAUUUGGCUCUACAAAUCGAAGGACAGCAAUUUGACAGAGAUUUGAAUGCUGCCCAUCAGUGUUUGAAGACAAUAGUCAAGAAGCUGAUUCAGUCACUUGCUAAUCUUCCUUCAGAUGCCCACGUGGUAGCCUGCGCUUCUUUGAGACAGAUUUUACAGAAUCUGCCAGACAUAUGAGUUCAAGUAAACCUGAAAUAAAAUAAUUAGCCUAUUGAGACUGGGUACUAUUCUAUUCCAACUGAAUCUACAUAAGAUAAAGGUUUUUACUCCCAGUCUGGAGAUGUGAUAGCAUAGAGAACUGUCUAACCAGUGCCAUCUGUACCUUUCAGAAUUAGGACAUGUUGGUGACUUUUUAAAAGCAUUAUUUCCCAUUUUAAGAAUCUUGACAUAUUUGCUAACUUUUUAAUUAUGAUAUAUUCUACUUGUAGAGCUGAUUGUAUUAUAUCAUAAUUAUAUUUAUUCAUAUUAAUAUUUAUUUGAUUGAAUCUAUAUUCAUAGUAAUGUCAGCCUGUAAGAUUUAGUUUAGCAAUUUAUAUGAAUAAAGCUCAUGAUUCUU